UCUCGCGGGCCGCUGGGUGCCGAAGCAGGGGGGGCGCGCGGGAAAAGAGGGAGAGUUGGGGCCAACAGUAGAGGCUUGCCUCGGCUUUCUAGUUCCUUGCGCUCUACAAUAGAUACUUAGGUAGAUUUUAAUUCCUCGUCUUCCUGCCCAGAUGCACACCUCGGUUUCCUCUUCCAGCGGGUGACUCCUUCUGCGUUGGAAAGGCGGGCGCGCGAGUGAGCAAGGAAGCAAGCGGGCGCGCGCGCUCCCAUCAGGCGCGAGCGGCUUUUCCCUCCGCCUCGCGCCGGGCUCUCCUUUUGGCUCGCGCUCCUCCCGCCGAUGGAGGGGACGCUGUGAGCUCCUCGGCGGAGGAGGCUGUGGCUGCAGCGGGGGAAGCGACAGCCCUCCUCCUCCUCGCCUUUGCUGAUCCCGCUGCCGCCCUCUCUCUCUCUCUCUCUUUUUCCCUCUCCUUCUCUCUCUCUCCCGGCCAGCCAUGUCCUACCCGCAGGGCUACCUCUACCAGCCCCCGGGCUCGCUGGCGCUCUACUCCUGCCCGGCCUACGGGGCCUCCGCUUUGGCCGCGCCCCGCAGCGAGGAGCUGGCCCGCUCCUCGUCCGGCUCGGCCUUCAGCCCUUACCCGGGAUCCGCCGCCUUCACCGCCCAAGCGGCCGCCACCGGCUUCAGCAGCCCGCUCCAGUACUCCGCCGACCCGGCCGCCGCGGGAUUCCCCUCCUACAUGGGCUCCCCUUAUGAUGCCCACCCGACGGGCAUGAGCGGGGCCCUCAGCUACCACCCCUACGGCAGCCCGGCCUACUCCUACCAGCUCAACGACCCGGCCUACCGGAAGAACGCCACGCGCGACGCCACGGCCACGCUCAAGGCCUGGCUGCAGGAGCACCGCAAGAACCCCUACCCGACCAAAGGCGAGAAGAUCAUGCUGGCCAUCAUCACCAAGAUGACCCUCACCCAGGUCUCCACCUGGUUCGCCAACGCCCGCCGCCGCCUCAAGAAGGAGAACAAGAUGACCUGGGCGCCUCGGAACAAGAGCGAGGACGAGGAUGAGGACUGCGACGGCGGAGGAGGAGGAGGAGGAGGGGGCCUGCGGGGCAAGGAGGAGCCCUCCUCCGACAAGGCCCGCGACAGCAACGAGACCUCCGCCGAGGACGAAGGAAUCAGCUUGCAAGUGGACUCGCUGACUGACCACUCCUGCUCGGCGGAAUCGGACGGCGAGAAAGGUCCUUGCCGGCCGCUCUGCGAGUCUGUCUCGGACUGCAAAGCCAAGUACCAGCAGCUCGAGGAGGACGACGAGGAAGAAGAAGAGGAGGAUGAAGAAGACGACGAGGAAGGGGAGGACAUCCUGCCCGUGAAGCCGGCCACUUCUUCGCCGCUGACGGGCGUCGAGGCCCCGCUCCUGGGCCACCAAUUGGGCGAGGACGCAGCCCGCAGCGCCGCCAAGGCUGUUUUGGACGCCCGCAUCCCGCCGGCUCCUUCCUCGUCAGCAUCGCAGAGCAAACCCAAGCUCUGGUCGCUGGCUGAGAUCGCCACUUCGGACCUUAAGCAGCAGCCGCAGCCUCAGCCCUGCCCGCCUUCCUCAUCCUCUUCGCCCGCCCCUCCGCACAGCGCGGCCUACUCGCCCUCUUCAAUCCUGGGCAGGCAUAUUUAUUACACGUCGCCUUUUUACGGCAACUACACGAACUAUGGGAACUUCAACGCCGCCCUCCAGGGACAAGGCAUCCUGCGGUACAAUUCCGCUGUUGCCGCUGCCGCUGCCGCUGCUGUCGCUUCGGGAGACGGGAUUGGCGGCGGUAGCCAUUGCGGCGGAGGGGCCGCCGCGCACAAGUCGGUCCCGGAGGCCGCCCUCAAGAGCCUCGCCGGGCAUUUGGAGCAGCACUACAAAGCCCCCGCUACAGACUCCAAGAAAGACCCCACUGAAGUGUGCACAGUAGGAGUACAACCAUACCUAUAGAAAGGCAAUCACACAGCAGCCAGGCAAGUAGGUGUCACAAUUGCUUUGAGAAAAGUCAACAAGCCAUCAUCUUUCCCCCAAGCUAGUAUCUAUCUCUAUGUCUAUCUCUAACAAAACAAAACAAACUCUAAAUCCGGAUCACAUCUUGUGCCACUGUAUAAAAAGAAGACCACAGAACACUAUUAAAUCGACAAGAUCCUCUCUAAUUAUUAUUAAACCAGAAUUUUGUUGGACAUUAUGUGAGUUCGCUGGUAUAGUCUAGUUUCCCCCCAUGUAUGUGUGACUUUUAAAAAAAGGAAGAAGAAGAAGAAAAAGCUGUUUUUUUCUCAGGAUAUCUUGAAAUGAUCACUUCAUUGCCACGGUAUAUAUUAUCUAUAUUCUGUAGGUGUGAUAGGAUUAUUGUACAAACUCUUUGUAAAAGAUGCAUACGGUAGGGGUUCAUUCAAGAAACCGGGGACUGAAGAACUUGAGGACUGACAAAGUGGAAACAAAUUUGAUAUUUAUUUUUGUAAUGAUAUAAGAGCUUCUAGUAAUUUAUGCAAGUUGUAUUGCAAUGGAAUCCCAACUCUUUUGUAAAUAAAUUAUGCCUGGUUUUUAUUUGAGACAUUGAUGGUUAUACAAUCCCUCGUUGUUUAACGAGAAUUCUUUACUAAUUUAUAUCUUUAAUUGUAAAUAAAAACAGAUUAGUCUACAA